UUACGGCAGUUGUUUGGCAGCGGGUUUCCAAACUUCCGGUUUGAUAUUUGAUUUUUUUUAAAGUCCAAAUCUUACUAUGAAGAACUUCCAGAAAAAGUAAUCUUUCACUGAAGAACAGAUGGGCUGAAAAAGGCCAAAGAAAUGGCUGGAAUGUAUGAUUAUGGUAUAGAUGAUGUAGGUAGUCUGAAGGCAGAAAUAAGAGCUUUGACAGAUGAUUUAAAACAAUGCCAGGCUGAUAAAGAUUUUGUUUGGUCAUUAUGGAAGAAGUUACAAGUUGCUAAUCCAGACAUUACACAGGCCAUCAGUUUAGUCCUUCAGAGAGAGAAAGAAAAGAGUGAAAUUAAGGACAGAAAAGUUUUGGAAGUUCUUCAAAUCAAGGAUGAGCGAAUUGAAGAGCUGCAACAUGCUCUUACACAGAAGUCUAGAGAGGUUGCAGAACUAGCUAUCAGAUCAAAUGUUAAUGAAGAUUUGAACAAGUUUCAAAAUGAGGUUGAUAGACUGAGAGAGAAAAAUGCAAAUUUAGAGCUACAGGCAAACGUAUCGCUUAGAAGUUUUGAAAACAGGGAAAGAACAUUAGAUGAUGUCCGUAGAGGUACAAUUGAAAAUUCUGAGAGGGAUCGAAUGGAUUUGGAGCAGACAGUUAAAGAGCUGAAACAGAAACUAGACAGUGAAAGAUCAAAUAGAGCAGAAAGUGAAGCUAAUAGGAUGACACUAGAAAAUCAAGUCAUGCUAUUGGAACGAGAUGUGACAGAUAAAGUAAGAAAAUUUGAAGGAAUGAUUUCUGAGCUUGAUGAAGCAAAGAAAUUACUGCAGCAGUAUGAGAGUCAAAUGAACCAAACUCACAGAGAUAUCACAUACAAAAACCAUGAGUUGGAAAAUGUGAGACGAGAAUUGUCAGAGCUAUGGAGCAGUCACAAUCAACUAACAGAACACUCAAGCCAGCAGGCAGACUUGAUCAGACAGUUACAGUCCUUACAACAAGAUACUCAGAAAAUGUUAAAGAGUCAGGAAGAUGCCUACUCCAUGGAAGCUGUCUCUAUUCAAGAUAUGUAUAGUGAACUGUCCGACAGAUAUGAGAAGGCAAAGAGGACUGAAGCAGACCUGAGAGCUCAGCUACAUUCUGUUAGAAAAGAUCUUUUGGAUAAAGAUGAUGUGGUGGCCCAAUUACAAAGCAGAGUGGAUUCUUUCUCCAAACUUCAUUCUAGAGGGGCAUCAGCACUGGAUGGAAGUUUUAUAUCUGAUAAACUGGUACAUAAUGAUGAGCCUUUUAUGGACUUUGAAUACAAAAUUAAACGUCUGGACAGAGAAGUUGCUCUACUAAGAGACAAACUAAAUGAAAAAGAAAGAUAUAUUGAUAGAUUAGAAAAGAAGAGGGAUCAUUCAGUGAUAGAGUUUGAUGUUAGUCACUUAAAUCAUCAUGAACGUACUCACUCUACCCCAUCCCGAGGUCUGAAAGACUAUCGUAGCAUAGCAACAAGUCCAAUGAAAGACACCACAGUAAAUUCAAGGGCAAGGUCAAUGUCACCUGUCAGAAAUCCAAAGGGAUCUAAAUACCAGAUCAUACAAGCUGAGAGAAGAGUUGAAGAUUAUAAAAAUAUGCUUAAGCUGAAGAACAGAGAAUUAGAGGAAUUAAAGACAGCCCAUGCCAAGAGAUUAGAAAGACUAAAGAAUGUCCAGGCAGAUUAUAAAAUUGUUAAAGAUCAACUCAGAGCUCUAGAAUCUUCAGAUAGAUUUAGUUCUAAAUCAAAAGGACAAAAGAAGAAAAGAAGUGAUCCUAAAGACCUUCGUCAUGAAGACAGUAAAGCUGUAUGGAAUGAACUGGCCUACUUUAAAAAUGAGAACAGAAACCUUGUGGUUGAAAGAAUGGCCAUGGAAGAAGACAUAGAUUCCAUGAAGGUUAAAGCCAGUCAGGAUGCUGCUUCUAUACAUGAACUUAGAAUAGCUGUUGAACAGGAAAAAGAAGAAAGGAGACAUGAUAGAAGGAAGACUGAUCAGAGACUUCAGGACAGAACUGAUUCACAGUCAGAACUGACUUUGCUAAGAUCUGAGAUGCAGAGUAAGACUAUUGCUCUUAACAGUUUAGAAAGGGAAUUGAGAGAUGUCAGAGAAAGUCGAGAUCAACUACAAGGAGAAAAGAGAAUGUUGAAGUCAGAGUCAUUAGAGUUAAAGCAACAGGCUGCACAACAUAGAAUGGAAGUAGCUGAUCUGAAAAGGGAGAUAAGCAGACUGGAAAGAUCUGUUGAUGACGAGAAGCAUGUCAAAGAAAAGCUUGAGCGUGACAAUAUUGAACUUGGUCACAAGAUUGAAAUGGGACAGAAGUAUGUCAUGUCUACUAAGACAGGAUUAAAGGGGAAGAAGAGGGACCCAAGGAGCCGGAGCCAGGUUGCCAAACAGAAUUUAAACCUACAAGGUCAACAGUACCAGAAAUCAUUAAACAAAAGUAUUGAUAAGAUGAAGAGAGUGUUUAGAAACUUUGAAGAUGAAGGAUGGGAAGAGAUCUCUGAAGAUGUUGAAGAUGAAGAGACAGAAAGUGAUACAUUAGGUCAAGCUAUUGUGUCAUUGUCCAGAUCUACUAAUGAGGAUAGUCCUCCUGGAUAUAGGGGGAAACGAUCUGGUAGACCAGUACAUAGAAUCAACAGAGUUUCUCUGAGGAACCAGAGAGGAGGCAGACCUAAUGGUAAAAAUACUGGGGCAUAUUCCAGUAGUAGUGGUACAAAUACUAGAACUGUGGUAUUAAGAGAGACAGCCACCUCACCAAUGCCCUCCCCAGUGAGGGAACUUAAAGCCUCAUCCUCUCCUAGGAAUAGUGAACAGAAAUUUAACCAUAAUCAACUCCUACGACAACUGAAACAUUUGAAACAGAGAGUUGUACAGCUUCAGCAACAGGUAACAACGCUAAGAGAAGCUAAAUCUGUUGCAAAGAAAUCUUUGGAGGACAACAAAGAUACCAGUACACAGUUACAAACAGAUCUGUCUCAAGCUAAUAAAAGAUUACAGAUGGCAAAACAAACUAUACAGAAACUGACAACUGAUGUUGAGAAAGUACAACACGAGAAAGGACAACUGGAAGUAUUACUGGCUUCUAAAGACACUGUAACAGAUAAACAUUCAGAACAAGAUUGGAAAUUAUUAGAAACUAGACUUAAGGCAUCAUCAAAUGAGAUAUGUAGACAGUCUGCACAGAUGAGACAGUUAAAACAAGAUAAUGAUAUGUUACAGGAACAAAAUCGUAAUCUACAGGACAGAAUAAAUCGAUUAGAAAGAGAUACAAGCCAGAAGAGAACACUGUUAGAAGAACAGAGGUCAAAGUUAAAACAAGUUCAAUCUAGUGCAAAAACAGAUGCUAAUGCCGUUGAAGAAUUAGAGACAAAAAUCAAAUUGUUACAAGAAACAAUUGAUAAAAAUAAAACUCAGGUUGAAUCACUGAAGAAAAGGUUGAGUGCAGUAACAAGGGAAAAAAGAGAUUAUGAGGAAAGGUUCCUUAAAUUAACAAAUGAGUUAGAGAAAAAGACAAAACAGUUGAUAGACACUCAGAAUAAGAAGAUGGAACUAGAGUCAUCAGUGGGUGAACUAGAAAACACAGCACAGCAACAGUUGAGAGGACUAGCUACACAAAGUGAAAUGGCUAUUGAAGCAGCACAAGAUAAACUGACCAAUGCUUAUAGACAGAUACAAAACUACCAACAGUUCAUUAAGUCACUUGGCCAUGACUUAAUAAAAAAGACCAGUAGGACAAGAUCUGAAGCCCGUGAAUCAUUAAACAAAAGAGAAAGAGAUGUCAAUCGUGAAGCUAACUCCUCCUUACAAAAGGCACAGAGUCUAGCUAAAAAUAUCCUCAACCUUAGCCAAUCAGAUAUAGAUGAUAUUAUGAGUGCAGAUGGCGAUCCAGAGAGGAUGGCAAUGGAUGAUAUGAGUGAUGACAAACGAAGAGACAAGAGAUGGUUGAAAAAAUGUGAAAAACUUGUUGUCAGUAAGGAUGAUUUUGUCGUACCAUUAGUAGAACUGUUUGUACAGAAGAUGGAAGAAAGAGUUGAACUCUUGAGUCAGAUGUACUCCUGAUAUUUUACAUUGUUGAGACAUUGUGCAUUUAUGUAAUACACAACUCAGGUUUAACAAUCAUAAUUAUUUUCAUAUUCAUGGGAUAUCAGCAAAACUAAUAAUGCAAUGAAAGAAAUAUGCAAAUAUUGGAAGUUUUACAAAUUGUAUAUUGGAAUGAAGUGAUCUGAAAUUGUGAACAAUUCUUGGUGUGUACCAAUUAAAGCAGCAUUAUGAAAUAGGCUUCUGGUUCCAAAGAAUUUUUUCAUCAUCAGGGUGUAUAAUUGGUCUUUCUGUAUAAGUAUAUUAGUAUAACCAACAAGCACUGUUAUAACUGUGAUAUUUGUACAUUCCGUCCACUUUGAAUAUAGAGUAGACCUACAUGUAUUCGAAAUGCUUAUUUUUUAUGUAAUUACACAUCAAUGUCACUUGUAAAUUUCAACAGUUGUAAUUUAAAAUUGCAGAUAGAAAACAGCUUCUUUUUCUUCCUUUUUUUGAAUGUACAUAUAUAACAAGACAGGUGCUAGUGCUAUAAUUUUGUUAUAAAUAUUUUUUCAUAAAAGGAAAUGUUGAUAUUUUUUAAUCUUAAUUUAACUUAUAAAAUACUUUAUAUCUUAUUAUACCAGAAGGGAGUUAAUACAAUUCCUUCCUCACAAAAAGCUUUGUUAAAGGAUUGAUACUAAUAAAAAACAGUAUAAAGAAUUUAAAAAUAAAAGAUAUUUUAUAUUUAUUCAUGACACAAAAUCCCUACAUGGACUUCACAAUACUUAAAGCAAAGGAACAGCUCUUUCAUUGUUGGUCAUUGAUUGUUAGGGGAUAUAUUUGUUUAGAAAUUUUUUGGAGGAGGUAUGUAAGAAAUCUGCUUAAGGGCACUACAUAACAAUACCACUUACUGGUAAGAUUUCACCAACUUUCUUUUAUAUUAGAAAUUAAGUAUUCAAAAAGAUUAAAAAUACAUACAGGACAUUAAUUGUUUAAAAGAGAGAUAACAUAAUUGGUAUUAGAACUGUACUAAUGAGUGUUGUAGAUUAAGUUAGACCUAUAUAUUUUUGGGGUAUUUGUAAAUAUUUUUAUCAUUUAUUUAUGUAAUAAAAGAGAAAAUGCAUUAA